AUGAAGCAGAAGGUACGCAACGGAAAGGAACAAAUCAGCACUGUCCUAGCCGAGCAAGAGAAGGGUCACAAGCAAGUCAGCAUUCUUGCAAAGAGAGAAGCGCUUGCAGGCAUUCUUAGUCGUUUAGAAGAAGAGAGUACAUCGACGAAGCAAAGUGAUCGAACGAUAAUCACUAGGCAACAGGCCUCUCUGCAAAGCUCCGAGCAGCAACUGAAGACUUUAAGAAUUGAAUCUGAUGGAUACAAGAAGGCAGCCGAAGAUCAGCAACGCCAAGCAAAUACCAAAAUGUUUUCCCUAGAACAGCAGGCCAUACGAGCGCAGCAUGAGCUUUCCAAGGCGAACGAAGAAGCUGGACGGAUGCAAGCUAAGCUCUCCGAAGCAAACGUGGACAGGUCUUCUUUCGAAUCACAGGUCGAGCGAGUGCGUGGAGUAGAAACGGAAUUGCGGAAGGAGAUUGUUAGACUUGGAGAACAAGUUAAAGAAACAAGGACUCAAGCUGAAGCCGAAAAGGCAAAAGCCAACGAGCAAGAGAGGGAGGUUAAAGCCCUCCAAGAACACACUGACAAGUCAAGAACGGAACCGGACAAGCGCAUCAAAGGCCUUUCCGCCAGCCUUGAGGCUGCAAUACAAGAUUGUGGCGACUUGGCAUGGGACAACGCGCUACAUGAGAAAACAAUCGCGAACCAGGAACGAGAGAUUGAUACCGCUAACAACCAUAACGAACAGCUAGCAGAGGAAAUCCGAGGACUCAAAGCCGCUCUUGAAGAUGGACAGCAACGUAAUGAGUCUGCGAACACUGAGCUGGAUGCAGCUCGGCGUGAUAUGGAAAUCGCUACGAACCAGAACGAACAGCUGGUAGACGAAAUCCGAGGACUCAAAGCCGCUCUCGAGGACGCAAAGGAGCGCAACAAUUCUGCGAACACCGAGCUGGAUGCAGCCAAAACAGCAACUCAGCGUGCGCUUGAACGUGCUGAUAAAGUCGAGCAGUCAUUGAACACUGUUAGGGAAACACAUGCAGCUAGAGUAGUGACGCUCCGGGACGAAGUCGUCGCUCUCCAAGACAAACUCGUAAUUGCAAAGAAGGAACAUUUAUACGUUAAAGCAGGAGAUGCGAAGCAGACUCAGGCUGCCGGGGAAGCAGAACUUUUCCAUACCAAGGCUCAAGGGCAGCUUGACAUCGAUCAAGUCCAUCAGGAAUCCGAACAAUCACAAGUCAAAGAUACGUUGGAGCGCAAAAAAGGCGAGUUGCAGUAG